AAUUUGAUAGUUGAUAACGAUAAUAAAUGAUUAAAAUCCACUUCAGGUAACACAUAACGAGUGUGGACAAGCUAGCUCUACGUAUCCUAUUAGUGGUGGCACUUGGCGGUAGAGGCAAUAGGUAACGGGAAUAAUAUAUUUUCCCGGCAAUACCGAUAUGGAAUCAUCGACGAAACGAAAAAUCAUUUUUACAUGUAUGUUAGGAUGUUUAAUGCUGUUGCUAUUAUAUCAGUGGGAUUUUACCAGAAGUGCUUUACAGAUACAGGAUAUGCCAAGUUAUACUCAAGCAACCGAGGUAUUAAUUGCACAGAAGGGGAUGAAAUAUAUAUUAGUAUGGACAAACCCAAAAAUUGAACCAAUCAACAGUUGGGGUCGAGGACAAGAACAGUUUAUUAAACGUAAGUGUAAAGUCAACAGUUGCUACGUAACCCCAAAGCGAUCGCUUCUACCGAGCGUCUCAAAGUUCGAUGCAGUUGCGUUUCAUGGCCCUGAAAUAAAAAGAGAAUACGUGCCAGACCCAAAAGUACGGAGUCCGCAUCAAAAAUACGUGUUCGUCAGUAAGGAGUCAUCACAUUACUACCCGAUUUGUGCCGAGAGAUAUGAUGGAUAUUUCAAUUGGACUUGGACUUACAGGUUGGAUUCUGACGAAUCUUACGGAUACAUAACUAUUAGAAACAUUACGGGCGAUAUCAUUGGCCCGAAUAAAAUUAUGCACUGGAUAAAACUGGAUUCCAUGCAAUCAAUCGAUAAAAAGACAACAGUGCUGUUGAAUAAAAAAAACAAGACCGCUGCCUGGUUUGUUUCAAACUGCAAUAGUUUAAGUAAAAGAGAAAAAUUCGUCACUCAGCUGCAAUAUGAAUUAAUACGAUACGGUUUGGGGAUAGACAUUUUCGGUGGAUGUACUAGGGCAUCGAAAAAAUGUCCAAGGACAAGAAUGAAAGAGUGCUUGAAGAUGGUUCAAGAGGAGUACUAUUUUUAUCUCUCCUUUGAAAAUUCGUUUAGCGAAGACUACGUGACUGAGAAAUUGCUGACGGCGCUUCAGAAUUACGCGGUGCCGGUGGUGUUCGGAGACGCUAACUACACACGAUUCAUGCCAGAUGGAAUCUACUUGCACGGGGGUAAAACAAAGCCGCCCGACUUGGCGAAAGAAAUGAAUGAUAUCAUAAAAGACAAAGACAGGUACUACAGUUUCUUCAAGUGGCGUAAUCAUUAUUCUUACCACGAUACAGAAGAGGCGCCAGAUUCUGAUGACCUGUGCAGAAUGUGUGAGAUGCUUCACGACGAAACUCUUGUGAAGAAGGAAACUGUGUACAAGGAUUUCAGAAAAUGGUGGAACGUCCCAAGAGCAUGCUCAACUAUACUUAGCGUUUUAAAAGGGUACUUUUAAUAUGCAUA